UCAGUCGAGCGACGCAACUCGAACGCAACGGUACAUGAGUGGCGGUUGGCGAGCGAACCCAGUGUCCCGUUAUCAACAACAACUCUCCAAACACCGAACUGCAGUUGAAUUAAGCCACCAAAUACUUCGUGUUUUUUUUUUCAAGUUCCAUAGAUGUAGUACAGUACGACAGUUACUCAAUUACUCAAUUGCAACUUCCAAAGAAUUCGCGUAGUGCGAAAAUCGCCAAAAAUCAGCAGCCGCACUUUGAAGUUACGUCAAAAGGAGUCGUGAAAGAGGAAGAACGAGAGUGAGGGAGAGAGAGAGAGGUAGCAAGAGAGCCGUAAGAAAAUAACAACAAGGCAGAAGCACGCGAUAGGAGUAACUGUAAAUGUGAGGGGAUAAAAUAGGAGAAAGUAGAAAUCAGCAAAAGAACUUUUCGUAUUAUUUGUUGUUGUUGCUUUCUGUUUGUUGUUUUUGGCGCGUCGUCGCCGUUUGCUUUUUUGUUUUUAUUAGUUUUAUUUGUUUUUCCUUUCCUUUAUUAUUUGUCUUCGCUGUGCCUGUGCCUUUGUUGUUGAUUGCUGUGCAGCCGGCUUUGGUCAAAAGGGAGGGGGUGAUAAAGCUAGCAGGAAGAGCAGCCAAAGGAGGCUUAUGUAAAGCGUGCUUCGAGCGUGCUAUGGAAGCAUGUCGUCCACUUCCAGCUCCGUGCUAACGUUGUCAUCGUUUAAUCUAUUAUUUUUCACCCAAGUGCUCACGGUACUCAGCUCGACGAUCAAGUACAACGAAUACGCGACGGACAAGGGCGGCAAUGUGAGCAUACCGUGCAUAGCCCAGGGAAACAUAAUGUGGGUGAAAGAGCACGGCAACAACAGCACGAUAGUUCAGACUGGUCGUGUUCUCGUCCUGCGAAAUGUGAGCACCACGGAUGCGGGAAUCUACGUAUGCUUUGCGUCAGUGCCACGCCCAUCGACAACAGCAACAUCAGCAACUACCUCACCGCAAAAUCUGCAGGAUAAAGAAACGCGGCCACUGGAGGAUGAGGAUGAUGGCCAAGGGGAAAGCGUAUCCCCCAAGGAUGACCAGCUGAAGGAAGCCGAAAUGGAGGAGGAAGUGGAGUAUCUAGCCCACCAGCGAACCAAGCUCAUCGUUCGCACUGUUCCGGGUCCAGUGUCGCAGCUAUACUUCAAGGCAUCCACAAUACUGGGUUUCCUCAUCUGGCGCUUCAAUAAGACUCAAUCCGGUGGCUAUCCGGUGCGCAGCUUUACGGCGGAGUACCGCAACGUCUCCUACAAGACGCCGCCGGCGAAUGCCAGUUUCGAGCACGCCUGGAGCAGGAUGGAUCCGAUCAACAUAGCCUUUAAUGUGCGCCAAAUGGAGGUCUAUCGCCUGGCACCCAACACCACCUAUGAGUUUCGGAUAUGGGCCAACAAUGAACUGGGCAGCGGCGAGGUGGUCACCACCAAUGUGACCACGCUGCCGGAGACAAAGGAGGAGGCGAGUCGGACGGCGGACCAGAGCCUGGUGGCCAAGGUCAUGGGGGCAGUGCUGGCGAUCAGGAUGCUGGGGAGGAUGACGAUGACGAUGUGGCCAUGCCAUUUCCGCGCACCAUCAUCUUUGGCCAGCACCAUCGAACGCCUCCGCCGCCGCGUUUGCAUUUGCCACCGCAGCACCACCGCCAUCAAAACCAGAGCCACCACCAUCAGUAUCAUCAUCAGCAGAACCAGCAGCAGCACCACCACCACCACCUACGGCGGCAGGACGACGAUGAUGACGACGACUACGAGGAGGAGCACGAACCCACCAUGGAGCGGUUCAAGCGUAAAGUCUCCGUCUUCUUCACCGGACCCACCAUCAAGCGUAUUUGAGACGUAUUUGAGUACAAACACUGGUCACCAAGGUUGUUGCAUUGCUGCUUGAUUGGAUAGUUAGGAUCCACCUCUACAUCAUAUACAUAGAUAUAGAAAUGAGAGAGAGCUUAUCGAUCGAUCGAAUGUUUCGUUUUCAUUUCGGUUUCCUGUCCAAGCUUCAACUAUGAAAUACCAAAAAAAAAAAAAAAAAAAAACAAAGAACGCCACAAAUCGCCAGAGAUUUUGAUUUAGAGCUCAUUGCAUUGCUUCUAUGCCCCGAAUCACAACUAUAUAGUAUAUAUACACGUAUUAUAAAUAUAAACCAAAACAAAUAUAUUGCUGUGAUACAAAUUCAAUUGAACGAACAUUGUAAGGAUUUACCAUAAAGCACACGAAACACCAAAAACCCAGCUAUUAACCAUCAUGAAUUUGCUGAAGCUCGUAGCUAUAAAGCUCAUAUUGUAUUUUGUCUAGUUAAACACGCUAUCUGAGUUACAGCCACUGGAUUAUUCAGAUCCACAUAUAUAGACGACAGAAUUUAGCGGACAAGUUAGCUUAGAGCCUCAAAAAUCGCCCAAAAGAGAUCUGUUACCAAGUACUAAUCAAUAUAAAUGUCCUUACACCCAGUCCGUUUGUCUGUUAGCCCGAACUAAUGCUUUUCUGUAAUUGUAACUGAUUUUAUAAUAUUUAAAAUUAAAUUAGUCAAUUGUAACAGAUCUCUGAUAGUCUCUGAUAGAUACCGGACUAUAUCGUUUGAACUUGUCCUUGUUUUGGUUCCGUUGUAAAGAUUUAACAAACUGUGAAACAAUUUUAUAAUUGAGCAAAUAUUUUGCACUGUAGAGCGCACCAAACGAUCUAUAUAUAGAUAUAUAAAUAUAUAUAUAUAUAUAUAUUUAAAACCGUGAAAAACGUUUGAUAAACAUUUUAAAUAAACGGCAAAAUGCCUUGUGCUUUAGUUCGGCCUCAAAGCUAAAUAAAUUGAUUAUGAUAUGAUAUAGGAAUAUUUAUUAACGUAGUUAAAGUAGCCUGAAAACCAAAUAUUCAAAGAAAUGAAAAUAAAAAUUGCUUCCACUCACAGUAAACAAAAUCUAAACAAUGAAAUUGUUAUAAAAGAUAAAUCAAAACUAAUUUUAAACAAGCGAAUAUUGUGAAUAUACCGAAGCAAAAAAAAAAUAUAUAUAUAUAUAGUGAGAACGAUCACAAAAUGUGUGGAAUGUACAUAAAGAUAGCGAGUGGGUAUCUUAAGAAAGACUGUAGUUAAUAUUUAAGACACUUUGGCCUGCGCUUUUACCAAUAUUUUUGUGGCCCAACUUGGCCCGAACUCCUUGGUUCCAACAAUAUUUUGCAUUGAUAUGCUAGAGCUACCAACAAGUAUAUAGUAUUAAUAUUUCUAACAAUUCGGAAUGUGCACUUAACUAAGCGAAGAUUGAAACUAAAAAUCAGAAGAUGGAAACAUCCUAUUUAAAUAGGUGGAAGUUUAAAUAAGCAAAAGUCUCUCGCCUAAGCCCUGAUCCUAAACUCUUGGCUGUAUUUCUAAUUGUUAUCGCUUCAUGUUGAGGUUUAUUGUUAUAACGCCAGCCUCCCAUGAGCAAUACUCCCCCCAAAUUACCGUAAACAAAUUAUUUUCUAAUCUGAGCCCAAGCCAUAAGUGGAGAAGAUUAGACCUCAACACCACAAAAACACCG